UGGUGAUGUAGCUGUCAUGGGCACUUUAAUUUCUAUAUUUUUUUGUAACUAAUUUAGCAUUUGGUCUUUACAAAAUCUCCACCUAGUAGUAUAUUUGGACGGAUACAUCUAAAGAAAUGUUAGCAUGGUCAUGGAUGGAGGAUGUACUACCGUUUGUUGCAAUGUUGAUGUUAACAUGUUUGGAUAUGGUUGUGCUAACAGUAGUAAAAGCAGCCAUGAAUGACGGUAUGGGCAGUAUCGCCUAUGUUGUUUACCAUAACACUCUCGGUACAUUGAUUCUUCUUCCAUUUUUCAUCAUACACAUGAUCAGAAAGGUUGAUCGUCCUCCACUCACACUCCGUAUUCUGUUCAAAUUCUUCAUCCUUGGCCUUCUUCGGAUUUGUCUUUUCGAGAUACUUGCGUAUAUAGGUGUUUCUUACAGCUCUCCAACCAUGGCAAGUGCUAUCGGAAACUUGGCUCCUGGGUUUACAUUCUUGAUUGCAGUAUUUUUCAGGAUGGAGAAAAUAGACAUAAAAAGUUCAAGCACCAUAGCAAAACUAUUGGGUACCAUAUUGGAAAUAUCAGGAGCAAUGGUGUUCAUAUUCUAUGAUGGGCCAUUAAUUUUACGUAUGACUAGUAAUCUCAAUUCACACAAUCGACUUCUUUUGUCACAAGAAACGAAAUGGGUAUUUGGGGGUCUGAUUAUUACUGCUGGUGCGAUUUUCGGCUGCAUAUGGGCUGUAUUACAAACAAAGGCAUCAAGAGAGUACAUGGAUCAACAAACCAUUGUAUUUUUCUACUGCCUCUUUGGGACAAUUCAAUGUAUAGCUGUUUCUCCUUUCCUAGAGCAAAAUCAAAAUGCUUGGGUGCUUCAUCCUGGAAUAAGGGUGACUGCUGUUGUUUUAGGGGCAGUGUGUUCCACUGUGGUUCACAUUAAUGUUGUGAUUUGGUGCUUGCGAAAGAAAGGUCCAGUUUUUGUGGUCAUGUUCUCACCUCUCUCUAUCGUUAUCGCUAUGAUCAUGGGUGUCACAUUUCUUGGCGAUUCACUUCAUUUAGGAAGUGUAAUCGGAGCUAUGGUAAUUAUUGGUGGGGUUUACACGGUGAUAUGGGGUCAGGCCAAAGAUAAAAACAAGGUGCCGGUGGUGGUCGUGGAUGACGAUUUGGAUGUUUCAGAUGAACCUGGAUCAUCUGACCAAACUGCUCCCCUCCUUUCAUCCAGAAAUGAAAUAGAAUGUUAGUUUGCUAGGAAUACAAGCAUCCAGUAAUGUGCAAGCAUACUAAUGGUUUGAAAAAACUAUGACCAUGUCAUGUCAAUUUAAAUAUGAGAAGUCCAAAGAUGCUUGACUUCCAAAAAUGUAGGCAAGGUUUUCGUAGGAUGGGAUGUUUUGUCUGAAUUAUCUUGUAACAAAAAUGUAGGCAAGAUUCUUGUUAAAGGUGUCAAGAUUGUUGAAAAAUUGAAGAAGGCUUUCAAGGACAUAAUAAUAAGUAAACAACCGGUGUUUGUUA